ACAGGGGGCAGGAACACGACUGUAACUCUCAAACGGGCGAUUUUUGUUUUGAGAUUUACACAAAAUACAGUCUGAUGGCUUGGAAGGUAAGACACGUCCGACAGAAGCUUCACCAGGAGGCAGUGAAGCUGGACCGGUCUUGCAGUCUCGAUGCUCCCACCGACUUAGUGUUGUCCCCCAAUGUCCGGGACAAACCUCGCAUGAUGCAUCCACGUCCAGAGAGCGACCGGAGGAACAAUCAGCCCCUGGCAGAGAGCCCCUUCCCGACUGGAAUCUUUGCUGGCACUAAAAUCACCCCAGAAGCUCUGGUACAAACCCUGAAGUUUGUGGAAACUCCAGAUACACCCAUACUUGGCAGAGAAGGUCCUGACAGAACCCUGAUAGGGCGCCAGCCAGCCAAGAAAGACAAGAGAAAUGGGAGAAGGGAGAAGUGGCUGAACAAGAUCCGCUCCAUCAAACAGGCCCAAGAGGAGCAGGCGGCCAAGGCCCACAGGCAGGCCAUGCCUGUGGUUGGAGACCUGAGACCGCUUGCAGAUGCCCUGCCAGACCUCUGUCCAUUUAAUGGCCCAACUACUGCCACAAUCUCCACUGCUCGUCGCAUGAGCAGAAAAAACAAAAUGCCAGUGAAGAGGCCUGAGCCAACAGAUUUCAGUCAGAUGAAACAGUCACAGAAACGUAAACUCAUAGAAACCGAGAGCACCCGCUUCAGUGAUGUUAUAAAGACCCUCUGUGGAAACAUGAACCCUCUGGCUGAUAUUGGUGAGCAGUUAAGGAAGAGGAUGAGGCAGGAGGAAGAGCACAGUCCCAGCUAACAGCAGCAACGGCAAAUGUUAAACUGGGAGAGAUCAAGAACUUCUACAAACUCAAAUCAUCCCAACGGGUAUUUGACUUUUUCUGGGAAACUCGACCCUGUCCACUCUGGUUAAAAAGGAGGAAGAACCUGAAAACUAGUACUCUCGUCAGUAACACGACAGAUGCUGACAGGUGCCAUAUAAAGAUGCAAAAAUGGUUGGCAAAUGUCAAAAUGAUGGCUUAUGCACAUUAUUGCAAUAAUAAAAUGUUCAAUUAA